ACGGCGGUUGAAUUGGUGAACGGACGUACGCGGACUCGCAGUCCGUUGCUCGCGCUCGCGCGUCGGCAGCUCCGUUCUUCAUCAGUGCGUACGUGCCUUACGCAGGCACCGUGAAGCACUCGUUUUAAAAUCUAUAGAGCGGUUACGUGUGGCACGCGCUCCUUGCGACAGCGGGAAAAGGGGGGAAAAAAGAGUAGAAAGAUUGACGGAUAAGAAGGGAGGAAGAAAAAGAAAGAAAAAGAGAACGAAGCAAGGGGAGGAAAACUUGAUGGGCAAAGAGAGAGAGAGAGAGAGAGGAGGAAACGAGUCGAUAAAGAAGGAGAAUAAACAAGUGUGCGAGAGAAAGAGUACGGAGCAGAGAAGAAGAACGAAAGGGGAGAGAGGCCAGCGCAAUCGUUCUUUCGAAGCGAAUCGCGAAACGUCGGCGAGUAUUCCUCGCGAGUGCAUCGCGUUUCAGAAUUUCGCGUCCCGCGUGUGUGCAGAUCUCGUGAAUAAACAAGAAAGAUAGAGAGAGAGAGAGAAACGAAGAAUAAAAAGAGGACUGUCGAGCUCGAUCACAUCACAAACUUUAUCUGAGGGGCUGAGGAAUCUUUCUUUCCGGCGAAGCCCCUCGGUAUUUCCAAGCAUCAACCAGUAUCGUGAAUCUGGAGUGAAGUAAUUUAGAAAAAUAUCGAUUUCGUUAUCGAUUAGCGUCCAUCGUCGCGACUUCGAAUCGGGACGAGAAACACAAUAAAUUCGUCGCGUCCGUGUGGCACCGGCCGUCGCCGCUGCUGCCGGUCACCCCACCGGAGCGUGAGUCACGCUCGCUCGACGACCCGGUUUUGUUAUCGAGGUGAACGUGGCGAAUGCGAACGAGAAAGGUCUCUCCAUCGCGCCGCGCCGUGCCGCGCCGCGCCGUGCCGCGCCGUGCCGCGCCGCUCCGGUAUCGACGAUCGAGCGCGCGAGAGUCGAUCGAUCGCGUCUCUUGGUCUCCUCCGCGAGAAAGAUCGCAAAGUUAGCCGCGAGUCUAGUGUCGCGAUUCUCUGCGAGAAUGCGAGAAUGCGAGAGUGCGAGAAACGGAGCAGCGUUGUAACAUUUUUUUGCUCGAGUGGUGAGCGCAGUUAUGCUGGCCAGCGCAGACACUUUUGAGGAAUUUUAAACGACAAGUGCGAGCCGAGAGGAAGAAAGGGAAAAGACCGAAGGAUAUUCGAGAGAAGAAUCUCUUUGGCUCUCUCGACAAGAGAGCCGGUUUGCGUGGACAGAAUCUUUCGUGGGAGAGAGAGAGAGAGAGAGAGAGAGAAGCAUCAAGUCCCCGCAGGACGAGGAAAGAAGAACGGGUGGAGGAAGGCGCGAGAGCCCCCUCUGGAUACAAGGGAGUCAAGGGACAUUCUCGCCAUUCUCGCUAAGCGAGGCGAGAAUGGAAGAGAAAACCGUAAGCGUCCACUGUUUCGUUAGACUCAAUUUUUUUACGCUUCUCGACAAGGUCAUGCGCGCGAGUGGAAUGACCGUGAUUUAAACCCGCGUAAAUUAUCGCGGCCGCGUGCGUACGUGCACGCGCACGCGCACGCGCGCGCUUUCGCGCCCGGUUGUCCGACAGUCCGAGCCCCGAGAGUGAGAGCAGGUAGACGCAGGUAGCGACGAAGAAGAAUCCGUUCGUUAUCUUUUCUUCUCCCGACAAAUGCCGGCUGUGCCCUGCGGUCCGCCUUGGUACGACUUACUCGCCACGCGGACCUCUCCCGCUUGUGCUCCGACGCGAGUGAUACGAAGGUGUAAAUCGUCGCAAGAUGGCGUACAACGAAGAUGGCGAUCUGAUCGAUCUUGGAAACGAUGCGUGUGUGCCGCGAGUCACCGAAGAUGAUGCUACAUCCGACGAACAGGAGCAUCUGCUGGACGUAUGUCCUCCGAAAUUGGAGCAGAAGCUUUCCCUCACCAGGCAGCAAGAGCGAGUGCUGAACAGUAGCGAUAAAGAUGACAUCCUGGUGACUCUGGGCCACGAUCAAGUGGUACCGAUCCGCAAAAGGAUCGACGUAGUCUCGUCAGACACGAUCAAGCGGGUGCGCAACAUCACCAAGAAUUUAGAGCCGGUAAUACGCAAGAGCUGCUCGGGCAUCAACGAAGAGAGCCAGCGGGACACGGUGGAUCACGCGGCGAUAUCGAGCGAAAGAAGGAAGAACGCCGCUCCAACGGCGAGACACGAAGACGAGACGUACGAAACGCGGGAGAUAAACGAUGCCUUUGAUUUCCUUGCCGAGCACGAUGACAACGAAGACCAAGCGGAAACGAGUUGUGAUCGCACGAGGAAGCAAAAUGUCGAGUCGAAUCGUGCAACGUCUCCCAUGCGUCUCCUGAUGGAGAAGAAAGAGAAUAAGGUCAGUUACCUGGGCUUCGAGUCGUCGUCGUCGUCGUCGUCGUCGUCGUCGUCCAGAACGUCAUUGAACGAAGAAGCGAAUAGUAAAAGCGACGUGGAGGAGAAGCGAACGACGAAAAACGCCGUCACGCCGGACGAUCCGAUCUACGAAGCCUCAUUAAAUUUCAACAAGUUUCGCGAGAGGAGCUCGCCUAAGAACAGAUCCGUUUCCGUCGAUUCGGAACCUCGUGCGAGAAUCGCUCUCAAGAGACGCGGCCAGAAAGAUGUCGGCGCCUUCGAGCGCGGAAGCAAGAGGCGUUCCUUUCAAGAGUCGCAUCGUAAAUCGUGGACGGAAGGAACGAUCCUAAAUCCGGCUUUUACCGAUGGGCUUCCUGGUAUCGAUAGAUCCAUCAGUCUCAAGGAAUAUCGCUGCGUAUCGUCCAUUUCCAACGUCGAUCAUGGGACUUGCAACUUUCUCACGAGACAGGAAGCGGCGGAAUCGACAACGACCAAUCCGGCGUCCGAGGAUGUCUGCUCGGAAGGUUCCGAAGUGGAUUGGUCGUGGCUCGAGGAAGUGGAGUAUCUACGAGCCGCGGAGUCACUCGCGGCUGCUGGAGAACAUGGCGAACAGGGGGGGAAGGUGGGGGCGGGGGCGGGGGCGGUGAACGGCGGCGGCACCCCCACCAAUGGGAGCGCGGGACGCAGGCGCGGCUGCGAGCGUCGCGAGACGGCAACGGGCCGCAGUGUCGCGAUGUCCGUCGCCGCGACGGCAAAGUCCCUAGCGAGUGGUGGUGGCGGCCCGCGAUGGCCACCCUCUGGCGGCGGCGGCGGCGGCGGUGGCGGCGCGCUUCUCCUCGAUCGUCAAAACAACAAUAAUAACAAUCGACGCAGCGGCCGCGGCAGACGACACCGUCGGCAUCGCAGCGGUAACAGCAACAAUAACGACGACGACGACGACGACGACGACGACGACGACGAUGAUGAGGCCGCGGCAGCGCGUUGCAACGCUACCAACGAAGCGGUCGAUCGCGAAAAUCGCGACGGCGCUAUCGCGACGACGAGAGCGACGAUGACCGCCGCCGCGAAUUCGUGGAUGCGCGCAUCCAUGCGGCGUCUGCGUCAUCUGCGAUUACCCGAGAGCGCCAACGAUUCGGCCACCAAUCGGCGCGCCGUAAUCGUCUCGGCGCCGAAUUCGUUGCCGGAUAUCGCGCUGAUCGCGCCGGAGAUUCUCGCCGCACAGACCAACGGCAGCGGCACUUCCGGCACGCUGCUCCGACCUUCGAGCGCUCCCGCGAGAAACGCGACGGCGAACGGUGGUGGCGUCGCGACGCCGCGCCGAGCCGGCCGACAAUUCGCCGCGGGUAGAUCGCGAGGGACGCGAAAUCGCGAGGCAUCCUCGAGGCGGGCGGCUAACCUCGGCUCCACGAUCACGACCAGUGACACCUCCACUACCAUCACCACCACCACCGCCGCCGCCGCCGCCGCCGCCGCCGCCGCGUCCUGCGGCAACACGACCUGCUCCAGCUCGUUCGCCGGUGCUUCCAGCAGCGCGCCCUCCAGCACGGCGACCAGCCCGCAACGCGCCGCUUCGAGAAGGACAUGCGAGAGGCAGAGAGACGCCGACAGGGACGAGGAUGACGACGAGGAUGAGAAUCCUCUGGGGAAGUGGCCUCACGCCCUCAGUUCGGCCUUCGCAUGUCUCGGCUGCACUCUGGGGCUCUUUAACAUCAGCAGAUUCGCCAUUCUUAGCGUGCAGUUUGGAGCAAACUUCAUUGUACAGUUCCUGAUCUUAUCUCUCGUGCUGGGCAUCCCGCUGUUGACGUUACAAGUAUGUCUCGGGCAAAGAUUGGCAGCCGGUACCGUGGAUAUGUGGAAAAUAUCACCACUUUUUCAUGGCGUUGGCAUAGCUUUGCUCACCGCGCAAGCGUUCAUCGGUAUCUACAGCAUAGUCGGUGUAUCGUGGAUGUUCGUGUACUUCAGAGAUUCGUUCAUAACGAAGCAGGACAAAUAUAGAUGGGCGGAGCCGUUUCUUCUCUAUCGGGACGACAGCCGUCCCACGCACAACACCACCACUUCGUACAAAUUAUACGAAACUGUUCCGGAUUACUUCAGCGGCGUUGUACUACAAAGGCAUCAUUUAAACGAAGCUAAUCCUGGUGUCGUUACGUUGAAGUUCCAAGUGGCCUUUAAUCUGGCCGUCGUAUGGAUGAUCGUGUUUGUUUCGCUGAGUAAAGGACUGAGAUCUUAUGGAAAAGUCGUAUACGUUUUCACCCUAGUGCCCGUAUUUGGCACGUUUAUUCUUUGCACGAAACUGCUUGGACUCACUCCGCCGGGCUCGAUACACCAACUUUUCCCCGCCACCGUUUGGAGCGAAUUCUUUAUUAAUGGCAAGUCAUGGGUUGCUGCCUCGAAUGAGGUCUUCCUCACGUGGGGUCUACUCGGUGCGGCCGCUAUGCAGAUAGCGGCUCAUAACAAGCACAAGCAUCUUUUACAGCGGGACACGAGCCUUGUGGUAAUCGUGACGUUUGUAGUUCUCCUUCUCGGGGCUUUCCUAGCGAAUACUUGCGUACAAAUUCUCCGGCAUCACGGUUACGUCUACACUACUAGUUCUUUCGAGAGAAUAUCAGGGUAUACGUUUAUGAGGCUUGCCAAUCAACCAGCACCGUCGGGAUACAGCAGCACGCCCGAGAGAUUCAUGCCUCAUGCAUCGUUUCUUCUUGGCCAGCGUGUAACGCGACCUGGUGUGGACACGAGUGCCGAGUCCGGAUACCAGGUGUUACGACUAGCUACUGAAUUAGUGCCUUCGACGUUGGCAUUGUUAGGCACCGAACAAGUGUCGCCCUUCUGGGCGGUCCUGUUUUACUUCAUUCUCAUUUUAUUUGGAAUUGCACAACAGUUGGCGAUCUGGCACUGUGUAAUAACCGGUAUAAUGGCAAUCAAUACGAAAAUGAUGAAGCUCUGGGAGACUUCGAUCACAUUUUUUAGCUGUGCUUGUGCCUACAUACUUGGAUUACCCAUGGCUACAGAGUUGGGUAUUUACGUCGUAUACUAUCUCGAUUACACCGUCGGCGGAGCAUGGUGGAUAAUUAGUUUAUACUUCAUGCAAAUUGCCGCCGUGUUUGCAGUCCGUGGACGUCCCCACACCGGCGAGACAGUUGUCGCCGAGUUAUUCCCACCGACCGGGCGAUGCCUCAGGUACUGGGCCGGUCCUCUUCUCUCCUUCACGUGGAACGUCGUUCUCCCUGUCACGUUAAUGGUUCUGACUAUCACAAUAUUCAAGAGCAGCGACUUCCGAGAAUUGUACUCUCAUCGUCGCACGAGCAGAGAUUAUUGGGCCGUGUGGGCAAGGCAACUCGGCACGGCGAUUCAACUGACACCGAUACUCAUGAUACCGGCAGUGGCUGUCAUACAAACAUGUCGAUAUCUGAAUAGUGGACCACCCGAUAUAUUCGACAACGAACAAGUGGAAGUAACAAUAAAUCACUGUGAACAGUGUAAUGGCAGAAUUCAAUUGCUCUGUCGACCACCGCUAGAACCUGAGGAUCCUCGUGACGCGCACACCCAAAUUGGAAGCGACACUGGCACCAGCCUACACGGAAACGGGAUCUUGCCUGCCACAACCACGGAAAUACCAUUCGAGGAUCCGCCGCCAAAGUACACGCCUCCGCCGAGCUACACUACGGCGACCGGAGCACGGAUCGCAAAAAUGCUGCGGCAGAGUUUCCGACGGAGUGUACGAAGAAUCGCGAACGUGCUGGGAGAGAGCAGCGCACCGCGGCAAAGGCCAGCGUUGCAACCGCCGCCGCCGGAUUACGCGACUGUGGAUUACGCGACUGUUUUGGUGGAAAUGAAUAAUCAGAGCGGCGGCGGCGCGCAAACAAUGCCACCGAUACCACGCGACCACGUCGCGAUCCACGUGCUGUCCGAACCGCGGCCGGACGUGACGAACAUCGGCAGCGCGAACGCGUCGACUGUGGAACGCCGUCAUCGGCCGAAUACUAUCGAUCGCACCAGCAGGAUUGGUAUCACGACGAGAUCGCGCGUGAUCGAGCGCACCCACUCGACCAUCGACCGUGGUCGUCGGCCGUGCGCGAGCCUCGCUGCCACGCACACCUUGUCCGGCUCGAACCUGACGGCCACCGAUGUGGCGAAUUUGUUGCGUAGCAGCAUACGCAGGGGCACUGCGAGAACGCAGCAAUCCUUACGUAGGAGUUUUUGCCACGAGGAACCGACGACGGCAGCGUCCGUCGAGAAUCUAGUCGAGGCCGCCGCGCCUAUCGGCGAGGACUCCCUGAUCCUAUCGAAGGACGCGCAUCUAGUCCCCAGCGAACAGGUCGACGACCGCAACUGUCGCGAUAGCGAUAAUCACGGCGAUCACGGCGACAAUGCGGACGACGGCGACGAGAAGAAGACUGCGAACGAAAUGGAGAGUUCCGUUUCUGUGAUAUAGACUGAUACGUCGGUCGUGGUGCGCGAAACCGACAUUUCGGGAUCGGGUGACUCUGCUUAUUGUUAGCGAUUCGCCGCUGCCUCUCUCUAGACUGUAAUUUCUAUUUGUAAUAUAAAUGGAGAGAAAACUUCGUUAACCGGCGAAUCGAACAUUGAUCGACACGAUCGCUUCGGACAGUCUCCAAAAUGCUUGAAUCCCCUCGAGAUUAGAAUGUUGACGCUUUGCUCCCGUACCCGAAUAAUUGCACGUGCUUGUUACUACUCUGGAGUAUUUUUGUGUUCUUAUUAUAUUUAUUUCUUAAUAUGCGAUACCUAUGUAUACAGAGUGUCUUGAAUUUAAAUGUUAAAACUUCGAGAGCGUGUGGGAGAUUAAUAAUGAACUAAAAGAAAAAGGCUUUUUUAAUGAUUUAUCCAUUGUUUCUUCGUUUUAAAGAAAAUCGCAAAAAAAACGAAUGAGUCAUUUUUUCACUUAUUUAUUUAUACGUAUUUAUUUAUGUUGGCUUUCUUAAGGUAUUGUUAAAAAUGUUGAUCACUUGUAACAAUGCAAGUCUCGCAUCUAGCAUUGCUCGUAUUACAGUCAAAUACCGCUCGUAUUAUUUUUAAAAGAUAUCGAAUUUAGUUAACCUCGAGAUUACAUCAAGAAAUUGAAUUUUAACAAUUCAAUUGGUUUCUUGAGUCAUUUCACAAAUGACAAUUCAUUUCUAUUAAAAAUAAUGUGGAUGGAUGAAGCACACAUUUACAAAAUAUAUCAAACUGCAUUUACAAAAUGGAUCAAAUUAACAUUUAUAAGAAGAGGAAUUGUUAAUUAAAGAAAAUAUCAUGUAUAGGCUCAAUGUAAACAAAUAAAGUAAUAAAUAAGUGAAAAAUUAAAAAAAUUUUUAUUAUUUUGUGAUUGUUAAAAAAACGAAAAACUUAUUUUUUUUCUUAGUUUAUUGAUCUUGCCGUACACACUCCUGAAGUUUUGGUGUUUAAAUUUAAGGCAUGCAAUAUAUAGGCUGCAUUCCAAUAAACACUUCCAGAAUUGAAAAUCCUAUACACGUUAUGUAUACUACAAAUUUUCAGUACUGGCAGUGAAUUUUGGAACGGAGCCAUAUACAUAUAUGUAUAAUAUGCGAUACCUAUAUAUUUUUCUUCAUUAAACGUUUAGAGAAAGUAACGUUUUGCAUAAUGCAGUUUGAUGCAUUUUUGCAUAUCUCGGACCUUGGUCUUACAUUUCUCUCAACGUUAAAGCCAGGUAUACGAUUUUAACCUCAUAAUCAUACAAUGGAUGCAAUUUUUUCUUGCGCUGAAUAUUCAAUAAUAUUCAGAAAUGGAUUUAAUUGCGGCUCCAAAUAAGUCAUGUAAAUACGGGCCUUUGAUCCCUUUCGAUAUAUAGUUUAAGCAAAAGAGAAUUAUACUGUUGUUAUUAAUAAAAUAGUAUAGUACUCGUAUCAAGAAGUAUAUUAAUUUCCUGAUUCUUCUAUUUUCUCUGGAGAUCAUUUGGAAGAGAAAUGAUCGAGUUAAACGAUUAGAAAACGCGUGUAACGUAUCCAUAUACUUUUAUUCAUCCUGUAAAUACAUGUAGUAUUUUAAUAAAUAAAUAAAUGUAACAUUUUUAAAA